AUGACGACGGAGGACAAUACAUUACUCUUUUCUACCAAUGCAUCAUCAUCUGAUGUGAUCAGUUUUCACGAGGCUACCAUCAUCACGAUAGAACUUGGUCUCAUGGUAUUCAUUUGUUCCGGGAACCUGCUGACCAUUCUGACGGUGUGGCUGACGCCGUCGCUGAGGACCGUCUCCAACAUGUACGUCGUGUCUCUGGCUGUAGCCGAUCUGCUCACAGGACUCAACAUCCCUCUCCAAAUCGGCAUCUUCAUCCCUAGCGUGCGGCGAGCCAUCGACGCGAGCAAGUACCUCUGUCUGUGUCGUCAUGUCCUGUUCUUCGUGUCCAUCGAGAAUUCCAUUCUGUGCAUGACGCUGAUCGCGCUGGACUGGUGGCUGUACAUAGUCAGCCCUUUUUACUAUCUGAGAAUAGCGACGUCGUCCAAGGCUAGACUUGUUGUCGUCUGCUCCUGGAUAGUAUCUGUCUGGGCGGGAACCAUGCCUCUCUACGUCAACAAGUGGACGGUCGGCGUGGACUGCAAACUACUGAACGUCCUAACGAAAGAGUACCAACUGUACCUGCAGGGAGGCGGCUUUGUCCUCUGUAGUCUGACGAUCGGUUUCUGUUACGGACAUAUUUUUGUCGUCGCUCGCAAAUAUCUAAAGAAAGUAAACGGUUUCCAGGCCAGUGCAGUUAACAGAAAAUCCAGAAGCAGCAACGACAUACUGCGUUCGGAUAUCAAAAUGGUGAAGAUGUUCAUACUAGUUUUCGGUGCGUUUUUUUUUUGCUGGUUUCCAACCAUUCUCUGUCUGUCCAUUGGAUAUACGUACGGGGUGUCGUACACCAUUUUGAACUACGUCAUUCCUGUGGGAAUCCUGAAUUCUGGAUUAAAUUUCUUCAUUUAUGUUAUUAGAAACAGGCAGUUCAGGGAAGCACUGGAGAAAAUGGUUAGGAAAUGGCGCAGUGUUCUCGAACCUGACCCUGUGGAACUGUGA